AGGAACAUGGUGUAUCACAGAAGCAGUGGGAAGCGGAACAGUUCACAUAGCUCGGCCAGGACCAUAGACAUCCCUCUCCAGACGAUCAAACACGGCAACAAGAUGGACCCUCAGGAGAGACAGUUCCUCGAUGCAGCUGAGAAGGGUGACAAACUGACGAUGAUCCGCUGUCUGCAUGGUCCCACACCCGUCAACGUGAACUGCACUGACAUGAUGGGGCGCACCGCCAUCCAGAUCGCCGUUGACAACGAAAACACGGAGAUUGUCGAGCUGCUGCUGGAGCAGGACAGCGUGAAGAUCGGGGAUGCACUCCUCUAUGCUAUCCAGGAAGGCGUGUACCGGAUAGUGGAGAUGCUGAUCGAACACCCGACCAUAUCGCGUGACAUGCUCGGCUCCGACUGGAGCAAGGCGUUCCGGGUUGGGGAGGAGAGCUACGACUACUCGCCGGACAUCUCCCCCGUCAUCUUCGCCGCCCACUGCAACCAGUUCGAGAUCCUCCAGCUCCUGCUGCUGCAUGGGGCCAUCAUCAACCGGCCGCACCAGCUGUCGUGCUCCUGCAAGCGCUGCCAGAUCCAGGUGCACGCAGACAGUCUGCGGCACUCCCUGCUGCGCAUCAACACGUACAAGGCUCUGGCCAGCCCCGCGUGGAUUUCCAUCACGAGCCCCGACCCAGUGCUGACGGCAUUCAAGCUGUCGUGGGAGCUGCAGAAGCUGGCGCUGCGUGAGAACGAGUUCAAGGAUUCGUACAACGAGCUGAGUCAGCAGUGCAAGAAGUACGCCUGUGACCUCCUCGACCAGUGCCGCAGCAGCGAGGAGGUGAUCGCCAUCCUCAACAAGGUCUCCGAGAGCGACAGUGACGAUGACGACGAGGAGGAGGAGGAGUUUGAUAAAGACAAGCUGCAUCUGUCCAGGCUCAAGCUGGCCCUCAAGUACGAACAGAAACAGUUUGUGGCUCACCCCAACUGCCAGCAGCUGCUCACCUCGAUCUGGUAUGAGGGUCUGCCGGGCUGGCGGAAGAGAAAUGGCUUCACCAAGUUCAUCAUCUGCAUUGGCCUCAUCAUGCUGCUGCCCUUCAUGGCGCUCUACUACUGGAUCUUCCCCAGGAGCAAGAUCGGCCAGCUCCUGCGAAGUCCCUUCAUGAAGUUCCUCUACCACAGUGCCUCCUUCGGCGUGUUCCUCUGUCUCCUCAUCUCAGCGUCCACCGACAUCGUCACACCGCCGAACAGGGAACGGUUCCGGGGACCGCCUCCGUCAGAGCUGGAGUGGUUAAUUGUGUUGUGGGUGGCAGGGUUUAUCUGGGCCGAGUGUAAACAGCUGUGGGAUGAGGGACUGAAGGCAUACGUCAGACAGUGGUGGAACUUCCUCGACUUCAUGAUGCUGUCGCUGUAUCUCGCCACCUUCUCUCUGCGCUUCGUUGCCUACCUGCAGAUAGAAUCGGGGACGUAUGGCCCGAAGGAGAUGAGCCGUAAAGACUGGCCGAAGAACGAGCCCACGUUGAUAUCGGAAGGCUUGUUCGCGGUGGCCAAUGUGUUCAGCUUCUCGAGGAUUAUCUACCUGUUCCAAGCCAACCAGCACCUCGGCCCGCUGCAGAUCUCAUUAGGCUGCAUGCUUAUUGACAUCGCCAAGUUUCUCUUCAUCUUCUUUCUCAUUCUCACAUCAUUUGCCUGCGGCAUGAACCAGCUGUAUUGGUACUACGAUAUUAAGGGGACUGAUGAAGAACAAGAUGUCUUCUUUACGAUAGGUGGAGCCUACAUGACCCUGUUCUGGUCCCUGUUCAGCCUGACACCCCCAAAUGCAUUGGAGGUGCAGAACGCCCAGGAGUUCACGAUCGCGACGGGGCAGCUGCUGUUCAUGGCGUACCACGGCAUGGCCAUCAUCGUCCUCACCAACAUGCUCAUCGCCAUGAUGUCCAGCUCCUUCCAGGACAUCGAGAACCAUGCUGAUAUGGAGUGGAAGUUCUCUCGCUCGAAGCUGUGGAUGGGUUAUUUUGACGAGGGUUCCACACUUCCGACCCCGUUCAACCUGAUCAUCAGUCCCAAGUCAGUGUACUACCUACUCCGCGCCAUCUACUUCAUCGUGUGUCGGUGCUGUGCGCCUCACCAGAACGUGGAACGGAAGCGUAGAAAGAGCUCGGACCGAACUAUCAGAGUAUGUACACGUGGUGCACUUUGCCAGAUGCACUUCGCCAGAAGCACUUCGUCAGAUGCACUUCACCACAGUGCAAGCCGUUGUGUUGUUCCCGUAGUGGAUGUUAGUGUUGUCUGUGCUAGAACUUUACAAAGUGGAGAGCUGCCUACAUCAGACACUAGACAGAUGUACAACGGAGCGGUACACGGAAAGAUACCAACGGUGGCAGAUCUCCUGCAGUAUCAGGAUGUUAUGCGUCGCCUGGUGAGUCGAUACAUCCACCAACACAAGAAACAGCUGCGGCAAGGCAGCGUGAAUGAAGACGACCUGCUGGAGAUCAAACAAGACAUAUCCAGUCUGAGAUAUGAAUUGAGGGCGGACCGGAAACGUGAGGAGGAGUUGAAAGCAAGUUACGUGGAAGGUUUAAAAUCCGAUCACCUUCGUCUUAACAAUCCGUCAUCCAGCCCUCGGCUACAGCAUCUUCACAAAAUGGGAUCCAACAACAACAUCAGCGGAAUCUACUCCGGCAUGCACUCCCUGCAGAAAACGGCCUCCAACAACAACAUCACAAGCAGCAGCUAUCCCAGCAUCCUCUCCUCAAAAGACCUGGAGUAUUUGAAAUACGAACUGGCCACCUCUUUGAGGUCAGAGGUCAAAGAGGUCAUACGUGGUUGUUUGGGUUCGGUGGGUCCGCAGCAGUCACAGCUAUUACCACAGAUGUCCUCUGACCUCUACCACACACAUUUGUACACCCAGUUGUGACAAACAGUCGUCAGUACUGCUGGUGUGUACUGUCUGUCAGCCAAUGGCAGUGAUAUUUGAGGAUCGGUUUUCAUUGAGGAUCGGUUUAUCAAUGAGGUAGAAAUAUUCUGUGACGACAAUGGUUGGAUGAAUAGUGUGUAAAGAGUGCAGUUCAACAAAUGUUUUUCUAUAGCCGUUCUGCAAAAUGUAGGUAUGAAGAGUAUGAUCUUGUAGCAGUGAUUAAAUCUACAAGUGAUUUUAAAAUGGCUACUAUACAGCAUGGCGUGGACCUAAAUGUUGCCAUUCCUGACACCUUAUCUGGCUGCAAAGACUAGCUUUCAGAUUUGUAAUUAUUGUCUGCAUUGACUAGCAAUAGAGAUGCUGUUUCAUGCUGCAUUUAUCACACAUUGCAAGAGUACGCUGUUAGAAUAUAUUUUAUAACAAACUGUGUAUUUUCUGGAAUUGACAGUCAUCAAAGUAAAAUGAGAACAAUCAUUGAAGUUACUAGGAUGUUACCUUUUGUCAGUACAUCAUUGUUUUGGAACAAAAUUCUGGAACAAACAUCAUUUCAUAAAUGAUUUUCUCAUUCCAUUUUCAUAUGAAGUCACAGAAACUCGUUUUUGAUUUUUGUAUUUUGUUUUCAAGUAAAAUCACACCAAUAGGCUACAGUUGCCAACAUCCGGUCAUGUCAUGUUCAUUGUUUAAAGAUACAUAAGCAUAGUUUGUUAUGUGAUGAAGUUCGAACCGUCUUGGAUUUACCCGGUAAAUGUAAACUUACGAUACACAUUCAAGUAUCAGUACAAUGAGACCAUUGAUGUGAAGUUAUAAGAAAGAUAAAAAAAGCAUUAUCAUCCACUGUCUGCGACAGGACAAAUAGUAAAAGUAAUGGGAUUGAGAAGUUGAUAACCAUACAUGGGUUACUAGACCUUUAUUCAAGUUAUAAUGGUAUGUCGUAUCCUUUUUGCAAUCUUUUCAUUACAUUGUAAAAAUGUAUAGUUUUGUAUGAACCUUACAUAAUGUUGUUCACUCUAGAUGCAUUUUUCUGCUAAAAACAGAUUACUGUCCAAUUAUGUACAACAAUGAUCGCAUCAUCUAAGCAUACUUUUGGAUGUGAGCGAUGGAAGAGAUUAUUUUAGAAAUCUUCGAGUUCAGUUGCUGUAUCCUAACCGUAUGCGUACGAAGCGACAGAUAAAUCUGUUGUGUCACACGUGUCUGAUUAGGAUACAGCUUUAGGAAAGAAAAAGAACAUUUGUUUGACACCUCGGCACGUUUUGAACUAUUUUAGGAUUGUCAGUUAUUUCUUUUACAUUCGUUGGAUAUGAACCCCAAAAAAUCAUCCACCAACUGUGAAUCUCACAAAUUUGCAGAUGCCUUUUUUUUGGUUUAUACCCCAAUGAACAUAUAAUUAAAUUUGAAACAUACUAAUUAUAGCACUGAAAGUUUGAAUUAUUUUUUGGUCCUUAAACUUAGUAAGACAAACUACCAAUACAAAGUUAUGUCAUCAGGUAUGAUGUUCCCCGACAUUAUUUUUACAUUCAUCGGGAAAUGAACAAACUCGUGUUGCUAUGGCUGGAACAUGCAAUGGGAUAACGUUAAAUUGUAAUGAAUAUAGCGGAAAUUUAAUUAUAGGUAUUUGGUGUCAGACAUAUGGUCAUUUCUAUAUUUGGUGGAGAGGAGAGGCUUUAAUUAUAGGUAUUUGGUGUCAGACAUAUGGUCAUUUCUAUAUUUGGUGGAGAGGAGAAAUCUGUUGCUACCACAUAAGCUAAUCCCCCCCCCCCCCCCCCCCCCCCCCCCCCCCCCCCCCCACAGCACCUUCCCAUACAGACAUAAUAGUACAUACCAUGGCCUUUGAUAUACCAGGGAAAAAACCGAAUGUCCUCAGCUGAUCACCUUACAACUGAGCAACAUCUCACCUAGGGUCACCAUGAGUACUCGGGCACCAGCAGUGUAUUGGCAGUGUCAAGACAGUGUCAGUGUAUUGACAGUGUCAGGACAUGUAUUUCAGCACCAACUAAUUAGAGAUACAAGUUACAUAACAAUUAUAUGAUCAAGUGCUGGUUUCUCUUUUUAAUCUGGCCCUCAAUCCAUCUGUCUGUCACAAUACUGAACAUAUCAACCGGUUUCUAAAUGCAAUACAAUGGCAUGAUUUAGCAUGCAUGUUUAGCACUGGAAUUAAGGUGCAUAAUGAUACGAUAAUGCCAUUUUACUUUAACUCUUAGUCUCAUUAUCAUCUAGUGUCUGGUGCUUGGGUCUAGUUUGAGUUUGAGCCUCAAGUACACAAGUUCAAUAUUUUGGAGGCCCUAUCUCACCUCAAAUGAAUGGUUAUUUCAUCAGGAAGUGUAAUAAGAUAAAUCUCUGUUAAUCCAGCACCUGUUUGAGUUUUUUGAAGCAACUUCAGGCCUCUGUGAAAGACCAGCUGAACAUCGUCUCACACUCACCCAAGGAUGGAAAGUAAGGACUGUUUCCACACUUUCCUCAUUUUAUCAUUCUGCUUCAGUAUUUAGUUUUACAUUGCUUGUUCUUCAGGUAUGCGAGCGUGUUCUCUCAAAUUUAAAUUUCAGACCUGGAAUUUUUCAUCAUUUUUUUUUUUUUUUAAAUUCUACUUUUUCUCCUGUGAGAAUUACUUCAUAUUUGUUAAGUUUUAUAGGUGCUUAUUCAGAGCUAUAGCAAGAUGUCGGGCUGGUGUGGUUUUUACCAGGCCAAUAUUUACUGUGAGUGAAAUUUAUUGUUUUGGUUUUAAAUGUUUUAAUGAUUAUUAUUUUGACGUGUGACUCAAGCCCUUCAUCUUACCAUCAGCUUGGACAGGUUGGUUAGUGUAGACGGAAUUGUACAGAAUUUUUUUUUAAUGUGAUCUCUGUAAAGACGUACAUUUUAUAUUACCACAAGAUUGUAUCAUUUUACUCACAAGCUGGACUCGUGAGCUUUGGUUUUCUUUGAGCUGGUCUCUUGUAUGUACUGCUAUAUGUGUUAUAAGUUGUUUUAAUAUGGUGUGCAUGAUGACAAUAAUUUAUUUUAAUAUUCAUAUCCAAUGAAGUCUCCAGCAGAUUCUCACCAACCAGACCAUUAGGGCACAUUGAAUAACUAAUCAUCAAACACUUGAUGUUUCAAUUAUUUUAAUUCAUAAUGCAGUAUUACUAAUAUUAGACAAAGACGAAUACUGUAAUAUGUGCGACCUUUGAUUUGUUAAAUUUUCAUCAGGUUUAUAAUGUGAUAUUUGAAUUUGUUACAGGUCGCAUGAACAUAAAGAAUGUGUUAUCAUGGGAGUCAUGAGA